GUGUUUCUCGACCCUCCAACCUCUCAUGCGUGCUCUCGCUGUGUUGCUAAUGUAAAUCUUUUAAUAAUAAUAAUAAAACGGUCAUUUGAGCCGUUAGAAACCGUUAGCUGUUGGAAUGACGCCGUUUGUUGAGUGGACACUUUGUUAGCAAGCUAGGCUAAGUAUGUUAUUGAUGAAAAUGUCUUCAUAGCUUGGCUGCAAUGUAACAAAUAAUAUGUGUGAUAAUUUGUUGACCAGUGAAGGUGAGACAUUAACUGUCAACAUCGCCUGUUUUUAUAUACAAUGUUGAGAACUGAUACUAUUAUUGAAAUUGCUAAUAUCUGACGCUAUUCGCUGUACUAAAUGUAUUUAUAGGUCCCAGGCAGCUAGCUAUCACCCAUUAACUAACUUAGCUAUUACCUGCAUGCUAGCUAUUUUUGGUUUACCAUUAGACUUGCCUGGUUUUGAAGGAGGUCCGGUCAGUUUAUUGCAGGUGUUAUUUCCUAAUGGCAAAAGAAGAAUGCAUCACACAAUGGAACAAAACAGGGGACACUUUAACACUACGAAACAGGAAACACUUUCUCACCUCAGAAAAGCCCCUUCAAGCAACAUCUACCCCUUUGUCAAAAGACAAAAACAGUCAAACUGCUGGACAUCUGUCAGAAGAUGACACACAGUCUUCAAAUGGAACAUCUGCUCAGUUUUCAGCCAGAGGAGGUCCCAGUAAGGAGCCCCCCAGCAGGGUGCUGCUGAUGUUGGUGGUGGGGUUGUCUUUCUCCACACGCCUCUACAAGAUAACAGAGCCCCCUCAUGUGUGCUGGGAUGAGACGCACUUUGGAAAGAUGGGAAGCUACUACAUCAACAGGACCUUCUUUUUUGAUGUCCAUCCUCCUCUUGGAAAAAUGCUGAUCGGGCUCGCUGGCUACAUGACCGGUUAUGAUGGCACCUUUCCGUUCAUAAAACCAGGAGAUAAAUAUGAGCACCACAACUACUGGGGGAUGAGAGGGUUUUGUGCCGUGUUGGGCUCCUGUCUCCCAGUCUUUGCCUACCUCAUAGUGUUGGAGUUGUCUCAGUCUCACACUGCUGCUCUCAUCACUGCCACGCUGCUCAUAUUUGACACUGGCUGUAUCACCAUUUCCCAGUACAUCCUCCUAGAUCCUGUCCUCAUGUUCUUCAUCAUGGCAGCAGUUCUAAGCAUGGUCAAGUUCAACCAGCAGAGAUACAGGCCUUUUACCGCCUCCUGGUGGCUGUGGCUGGUACUGACUGGUGUAAGCCUUGCUGGGGCAUUGGGGGUGAAGUUUGUGGGUCUGUUUGUCAUCCUGCUGGUGGGACUGAACACAGUCUGGGACCUCUGGAGGCUUUUGGGAGACCUGAGCCUCUCACUGGUUGAAAUUGCCAAGCACUUCCUGGCUCGGGUUGUUGGACUCAUCCUGCUUCCACUCUUCCUCUACGUUACAAUAUUUGCAAUCCACUUUGUUGUGUUGAACAAAAGUGGCCCAGGAGAUGGUUUCUUCAGUUCAGCCUUUCAGUCCCGUCUCAUCGGGAAUAAUCUACACAAUGCGUCCAUGCCUGAGUACCUGGCAUAUGGCUCCACCAUCACAGUAAAAAACCUCCGUAUUGCUGGGGGCUAUUUGCACUCUCAUUGGCAUCUAUACCCAGAGGGAGUGGGAGCAAGGCAGCAGCAGGUGACAGCCUAUCUCCAUAAGGACUACAACAACGUGUGGCUUGUUCACAGACAACAUGAUAAUGAAUCUCAAUCUGGGACACCUGAUCUGGUUCGUCAUGGUGAUAUCAUUCGACUGGAGCACAAAGAAACAACCCGAAACCUUCACACUCACCUCCACGAGGCCCCAUUGACCAAGAAACACUUCCAGGUUACAGGCUAUGGCAUUAACGGCACAGGUGACACCAAUGACCUGUGGCAGGUGGAGGUCUGUGGAGGCCGGAAGGGCGACCUGGUGAAGGUGCUGCGCAGCAAAGUCCGCUUCCUGCACCGAGCUACCGGCUGUGUGCUUUACUCUUCUGGCAAGACUCUUCCAAAGUGGGGCUGGGAACAGGUGGAGGUGACCUGUAGUCCGUACUUGAAGGAAACACCAAGCUCUCAGUGGAACAUUGAAGACCAUAUCAACCCCAAAUUACCCAAUAUCAGUUUGUCUGUACUGAAGCCCCACUUUCUGGAGAUCUUACUGGAGUCCCAUAUUGUUAUGAUAAGAGGUAACAGUGGCUUGAAACCCAAAGACAAUGAGAUGAACUCUAAACCCUGGCAUUGGCCCAUCAACUAUCAGGGACUGAGGUUUUCUGGAGUCAACGACACAGAGUAUCGGGUUUACCUGCUGGGGAACCCUGUGGUUUGGUGGAUGAACCUGGCCAGUUUGGGAUUGUAUCCUAUCAUGGUGGCAGUUGCGUCUAUAGCCCUCCAAAGAGGGUUCUCAUUGAGCCAAAAAAGAAUAGAACAAUCACUUGUGCUUAUGAGAGAGGGAGGACUGCUUCUUCUUGGUUGGCUGCUGCACUAUGCACCUUUCUAUACGAUGGGACGUGUCCUCUACUACCACCAUUACUUCCCUGCAAUGCUAUUCAGCAGCAUGUUAACAGGCAUUACAUUCGACAUUCUGCUGAAAAGUACUGACCUGCUACUCCGCCCACCUUACUCUGAUUGGCUGCAGAGACUUGGGCAGAUGGUACUUCUGUUCAGUGUUCUUUACAGUUUCUACCUGUUCCAUCCGCUGUCCUACGGCAUGACGGGCCCUCUGGCACACGAGCCGGGCAGCACCAUGGCUGGCCUCAAGUGGAUGGACUCCUGGGAGUUCUAGUCAGCUUUGCACAAAGAAAACAUGAGGGACUUUAAUUAGUCGUGUCUCACCAGCCUGUUCUCCCCUCAAAAACGUCAGCAUAGGUUGUGUGUACAGGCAGCUAAAAACAAGCUAUAUUUACGUAUUUCACCGUCCACUGUAAUUCAAAUUCAAAAUUACUUUAUUUAUCCCCGAGGGGAAAUUCAUCAGCAUCUGCUGCCAUCUUAAGGCGGAUUUUCGUGUUCAGUUGGAGGGUGGGGGGGUCUCGGACUUUCACCCAGGAGAGCAGGAUUUGCAUCCCGUGUGAAAGCAAAAGUAAAUGAUUUUUGACUUAAGUUUGAUGUUUACUUAAGUUACGUGAAUCACGUUUUUUUACGUAACUUGCAGUAGUCUCGUGACCCUAGCUACUUCACUUCUGGCAUUUACAUACAUUUCUUUACUGUUUAAUCUGUCUUUUAUAACGUCUUACCAGGAAGUUUUUGCGCUUAACCUAAGUUAUUGUUUUUAUAACAUAAAUCAACAGAAUUUGCAGCUUUUUUUCCAACCGCGAGUGAGUGACGUGUUUGCUAUUUUUAGAACGCACUGCUGUACCGCGAGCCGCGAUUUGUGGUUCUGACACACGACCUCUUCUGUCGUUUAGGUUGGAGAACUUGUUGUAUCGUAAAACUGUUCUAAAUAUGAGGGACUUUAAUUAGUCGUGUCUUACAGUGUUUACACAAAAAAAAGCUCAUUUACAUAUGGUAUUGACUGCACACACUACCAUAGAAUCUCUACCUGUCCACGUAUUUAUGCGUCUCAACAUUUCCGAGUAUUGUAGUCUAUAAUGUGUAAAGAAUGCUUUGUGAGACAAACCUGAAUCAUCACCAAGCUGCCUUAACUCACAACACAUCUUACACCCUGGACUUAUAAAUGGAUAUGUGUAAUUGUAUGUCACAAUAAUAAGCUUAAGUGCCUGAAUGGAGCGAGUGAAACUAAAGAUGAAAUGCUGCAUCUCCAUGUUUAAAAUCAAAAGUGUUUUGUUACUAGUUAUAGGCUGAGACAGUAUUUUUGUUUGCGGUUGUCUUGAUCUUAGUGCCCAGUAUUUUUGUAUUGGUGCUGUUCAGUUCUCUUUUUACUUUAUAAGACUACUACUGACUCUCAGCAUCAUAUGCACAUUUCAGUAUGAUUUAAUAAACUGUGAUAUUCUUGUA